UCUAAAGGGAAACCUUAAAGCCCAAAAGAGGACUCACACCAGGGAAAAGCCUUUCAUCUGCAAACUGUGUGGGAAUAGUUUCAGUCAAAAAGGAAGCCUUCGAAGGCACAUGAGAAUUCACACUGGAGAGAAACCUUAUACAUGCCCUCAAUGUGGAAAGAGUUUUCCUCAUAAACAUACGUUUAAUACCCACAUAAAAAUUCACACUGGAGAAAAGCCUUUCGCUUGCCAACAGUGUGGAAAGCAUUUCAAUCGAGAAGUAACUCUUGAAAGACACGUUAGAAUUCACAGUGGAGAGAAGCCAUACACGUGCCAACAGUGUGGAAGGAGUUUCGCCCAACUUGGAAACCUUGGAGUCCACAUGAGUGUUCACACUGGAGAAAAGCCUUACACCUGCCAACAGUGUGGAAAAAGUUUCAACCGGAAAGGAAACCUUAAUUCCCACAUGACGGUUCACACUGGAGAGAGCCUUUUCACCUGCCAACAAUGUGGAAUAACUUUUACUCAAAAAGAAAGCUUUAUCAGACACAUGAGGACUCACAAAGGAGAGCAGCCUUUCAUGUGUGAUCAGUGUGGAAAGAGUUUUGAUCAACAUAAAAACCUUAAAGUCCAUAUGAGAAUUCAUAGAGGAAAAUCUUACAUGUGCCCUCAGUGUGGAAAGAGUUUUCGUCAAAAACGAAACUUUGAAGGCCACAUGAGAACUCACUCUGGAGAGCAACCCUACACGUGCCCUCAGUGCGGAAAGAGUUUCAAUUAUAAACAACACCUCGCAGAGCACAUACGAAUUCACACAGGAGAGAAGCCUUUCACAUGCCAACAAUGCGGAAAAAGUUUCAACCGAAAAGAUCAGUGAAGACGAGGUGCACCAGGUCUUCAGAAAGAACAAAAGAAGAAAAGCACCAGGCCCAGAUGGUGUGACACCAGCCUGUCUGAAAACCUGUGCUGAUCAGCUGGCACCCAUCUUCUCACAAAUCUUCAACAGGUCUCUGGAGUUGUGUGAAGUUCCAUCAUGCUUCAAACGCUACACCAUCAUCCCCGUCCCAAAGAAAACCAAGAAAACAGGGCUUAACGACUACAGACCUCUGGCGCUAACGUCUUUGGUCAUGAAGUCGUUUGAAAAACUGGUUCUGGCUUAUCUGAAGAACAUCACUGGACCCCUACCGGACCCCCUACAAUUUGCUUACCGAGCAAACAGGUCUGUAGAUGAUGCCGUAAACAUGGGACUGCACUUCAUCCUGCAACAUCUGGACAGACCAGGGACCUAUGUGAGGAUCCUGUUUGUGGACCUCAGUUCGGCCUUCAACACCAUCAUUCCUGUAGCUACAGUGGAGACAUUCAAGUUCCUGGGAUAUGUCAUCUCCCAGGACUUGAAGUGGGUCACUCACAUCAACUCCAUUGUAAAAAAGGCCCAACAAAGGUUGUACUUCCUUCGCCAGCUAAGGAAGUUCAACCUACCACAGGAGCUGCUAAAACAGUUCUACUCAGCCAUCACAGAGUCUGUUCUCUGCACAUCCUAGCAAAUCCCUGCAUCUCUACCUCUUUCUAUCCUAUCCUAUCCUAUUCUGUUCUGUUCUGUUCUAUUCAAUUCUAUAGCACAACUGUACAUACCACUUAUUUAUUUAUUUCUUUAUUUAUUAGAUCUGUAGGUGGAGAGAAGGCGGAAGUGAAAAUGUCAAUAAAUUUUACAACAUGCAUGUUUAAAGUACGAAAGAAAUCCAGUCAAAUGAGUUUUUGACUACCUCUGGAAGUGGUUAAAGGAGGACAAGCUCAAAACAUCUGCACCUGUAUUUAGAGGUGUAUUUCCAAUUGGAACAACAAAAACACAUCUUAAUGCCACAUGUAAACUUGAUUAAUAUGUAUAUACGUGCUGCUCGUUAACAAAAUAAAUGUGGUAACAAAACAGCAUUAUGAAAGCAUCUGAUCAUAGCGAUGUCAAUGUUGUGUUAACAGUGUUACCUUGAUUUUGUUCAUGAGGUGUUUUUACUACACAUCUUUAAAGGGUGCUUGUGUGUCUUAUUGCCAGGUAUAAUAUUAGCUGGAUUCAUACAAGAAAAAGUCAAUAUCAUAUAUAGAAAAGCCUAAUUAAUUAAGAAAAAACAUGGUAUGGAAUGGAGAGAAGGAUUGGUAGUAAAAACUGCUAGAAUGGGAGGAACAGGUAAAAUCAGGGUGCAUUAAUCAAUAAUUGUCCGUCAUUGACAGAUUUUUUUUUUUCAUCAGUAAUGGAAAAAUCUGAAGGCUGUCCGUCAUUUUGACAAAUUACACUGAGGGUGAUCUAUUGUAAAAUUGUAGCUGUAAUUCCCACCCCUGUCCAGUAGCAGCAGAGAACUGGAUCCAGAACAAAAACGAAACUGUCACGAAUGUUUUCCUAUGCGUUUUGAUUACACACAGACGAGUACACAGAAGCUACAACAAUCUAUCGCACCACAUAAAGAGCGCCAAAACAGUAUUUAUUGCUUGAAUUUCCUAAUAAA